AUGGCAGGGGACGGGUCCGAACUGCGGCCGCUGCAGUAUGAACAAACUCUGAAGUAUGGCCACUACACCCAGGAGCUCGGGGCGUACACCAAAGAGGAGGCGGCCCGGCUGAGCGAGAGCGGCCAGCGGCGGCUGGAGAACAACAAGGGACGCUGCGCCAAGUGUCGCAACUGCAUGGUGCGCUGUCAGAAGUUCCUGUUCUCGCAGGUCGGGGAGGACUGGAUCUUCCUCAUCCUGCUGGGACUCCUCACGGGCCUGCUCAGCUGGGUGAUGGACAUCUUCGUCGGAAUGUGUCUACAUGCACAGAAGUGGAUCUACGAGGGUCUGGACAGUAACGUGUUCCUGCAGUAUCUGGCCUGGGUCGCGUACCCCGUGGUCCUCAUCAUCUUCUCUGCCGGCUUCACGCACAUCCUCGCCCCCAAAGCUGUUGGGUCCGGCAUCCCAGAGAUGAAGACCAUCAUGAGAGGAGUUGUGCUGAAGGAACACCUGUCCUUCAAAACCUUAGUGGCCAAGGUCGUCAGCCUCACCUUCGCUCUGGCCAGCGGCAUGCCGCUGGGCAAAGAGAGUCCGUUCGUGCACAUCGCCACUCUGUGCGCCGCUCUGCUCAGCAGGUUCAUGUCUCUGUUCGGGGGGCUUUACAAGAACGAGUCGAGGAACAUGGAGAUGCUGACGGCGGCCUCCACCCUCGCCAUGAGCUGCUGCUUCGCCGCCCCCAUCGGAGGAGUGUUGUUCAGUAUUGAAGUAACAUCCACGUUUUUCGCGGUGAGGAACUACUGGAGAGGUUUCUUUGCUGCUACCUUCAGUGCCUUCAUCUACAGAGUGCUGCCCGUGUGGAACCGGGACGAAGAGACCAUCACGGCCAUUUAUCAAACACGCUUCAGGCUCGACUUCCCCUUUGACCUCCAGGAGCUUCCCGCCUUCGCCGUCGUUGGCAUUGCCAGUGGUUUCGCGGGGGCUUUGUUUGUCUACCUGAACGGGGUGAUUGUCCGGUUCGUCAGGAGACAGAAGGCCGCCAACACGUUCCUCAUGAAAAAGUGCCUGCUGUACCCGGCGCUGGUCACGUUGCUGAUUUCCACACUAACGUUCCCACGCGGCUUCGGACAGUUCAUGGCAGGCGAGUUGACCGUGGAGGAGACUCUGGACACUCUGCUGGACAACCAGACGUGGGCCAAGCAGGACAUCGGCGAGGAGUUCGACAUCGGACACGCACAUGCCUGGACGCACCCGCAGGUCAACGUCUUCGUCGUCCUGUUCCUCUUCACCUUUAUGAAGUUCUGGAUGUCGGCUCUGGCCACCACCAUGCCGGUGCCCUGCGGCGCCUUCAUGCCGGUGUUUGUCGUCGGGGCGGGCUUCGGUCGUCUGGUCGGAGAAGGCAUGGCAGCCUGGUUCCCAGAUGGCUUCAACACGAAUGGCACCAUCUACCCCAUCGUGCCGGGAAGCUACGCCUUAGCGGGUGCGGCGGCCAUGUCGGGCGCGAUCACCCACACGGUGUCCACGGCGAUCAUCGUGUUCGAGCUGACCGGUCAGAUCUCCCACAUCCUGCCGGUGAUGAUCGCCGUGAUCCUGGCCAACGUCGUGGCCCAGUCGCUGCAGCCCUCGUUCUACGACUCCAUCAUCCGCAUCAAGAAGCUGCCCUACCUGCCCGAGUUCGGCUGGGGGCACCGCGAGCUGUACAACAUUCGGGUGGAGGACAUCAUGGUGCGGGACGUGCACUACGUCUCCCUGAAAUGCUGCUACCGGGACCUGCGCAACGUGCUGCUGACGGGUCACCUCAAGACGCUGGCGCUGGUGGAGUCGGCCGACUCCAUGAUCCUGUUGGGCUCCAUUGAGCGAGCCCAGCUGCAGGCGCUGCUCUCCCUGCAGCUGGGCCGCCCCAGGCGCCUGGACUUCAUCAGGGAGCGAGCCGUGGGGGAGAAGAGGCGCCUCUCAGUGGCGUCCGACACGGGCAGAAAGGACGGCGGCCGCCGGGCCAGUCUGGAGGUCCGCUUCCAGAUCUCUACUGAGGAGUCCACCUUCAGCCCAGUUCAUCCAGUUUCUCAGAAGCCCCUCAAACCUGCGCUGAAGAAGCCCUCCGUGGUGGAGCCGCCCGCCGAGAUCCCCCAAAGCCCAAAUUCUUGCAUUGCUUUAAAGAACCUGUUCUGCGCCUGUUCAAAGGAAGAAGGCCUGGGGGACGACGUGGAUGUGGAGGACGACAUGACGAUUGGAGAGAUCGCAGAGUGGGAGGAGCAGCAGCUUGAUGAGCAGGUCAACUUCAGCAACUGCAAGAUUGACCCCGCCCCCUUCCAGCUGGUGGAGCGCAUGUCCAUGCAUAAGACGCACACCAUGUUCUCCCUCCUGGGCCUCGACCACGCCUUCGUCACUAGCAUGGGGCGCCUCAUCGGGGUGGUGUCCCUCAAGGAGCUUCGAAAAGCCAUCGAGGGCUCCAUGGCGGUGAAGGGGGCGAUGGUGCGUCCUGCUCUGGCCAGCUUCCGGGAAAGCGGCACCAGCGGGUGCGAGAUCGAGGCCACCGAGCUCCACAAGCUGUGGGAUCGCAUGUCGCUUCACCGAGACCACGACCCCUCCGAGUCCAACGAGAACUCCCAGUGA